AUGACAAUAGACGCCGCAGCUGGUGGCGCACUUAUGGAUAAACCAUACAACCAAGCCUAUCAGCUUAUCGAGAGCAUGGUUCAGAACCAUUAUCAGUGGGGAAACGAGAGAACAACAAUAGAGAAACCUCAAACGAAAGGUGGAAUGUACGAAAUCAGCAACAUGGACCACAUCAACGCCAAGUUAGAUGCCUUAACUCAAAAGAUAGAGAGUCUAACCAACGCACCCAAAGCCACCGUGGCUGCAACAAUACAAAAUUGUGAGUUGUGCGGAGCUCAAGGUCAUACUAUCGCUGAAUGUCGACUUCUAACCGAAGCUCCCACCGACCAAGUGAAUUACACUAAAGGGAACUCUUACAACCAAAACCAGAGAAAUCACCCGUACCUUUCGUACAAUAGCAACAACGCUUUAUAUGCACCUGGCCAAGCACCUACUCCUUCGCCACCAGGAUUCCAAAAACCUGCUCAAAAUGCUCCUAUGAAGUCAAACCUUGAAUUGAUGAUGGAGAACUUCAUAGCCGUACAAACUCAAACUAACAAGGAAGUCCUAAAUCAAAACAUACACACUAGUGAGCAAAUUAAGCAAUUAACAAGCAGGCUAGAUGUCUUGACCACUCACAAUAAGAUGUUAGAGACACAAAUUGCACAAGUGGCUCAACAACAAGCAUCUACCUCUGCUCCUGCAGGCAUAUUUCCUGGCCAGCCUCAGCCAAACCCUAGGGGACAUGUGAAUGCUGUUAUAUUACGAAGUAGGACACAAUACGAUGGACCAGCUGAUCCUAGAACUAAAAAUCCUGCCAUGCAACCCAAUUCCGAUAAGACAACCGAGAAGGAGAGGCAGUUUAAGAAAUUUGUAGAGCUUCUACAAAAACUAAACAUCACAAUACCUUUUACGGAAGCUAUCACACAAAUUCCCUCGUACGCUAAGUUUCUUAAAGAUAUCUUAACUAAUAAGAAAAAGAUCGAGGAAGAAGAAACCGUUAUGCUUACUGCCGAGUGUAGCUCCAUACUUCAAAAUAAUAUGCCUCCUAAGCUAAAAGACCCAGGAAGUUUUUCCAUACCAUGUGUCAUUGGAAAACAUGUCAUAGAUAGAGCACUAUGCGAUUUAGGAGCCAGUAUAAGCUUAAUGCCUAUGCCCAUAUAUGAAAAACUUAAGUUAGGAGAAUUGAGACCAACUAAAAUGUCAAUACAAUUCGCUGACCGUUCUGUCAAAUACCCCUUAGGUAUACUAGAAAACGUGCCAGUACGUAUAGGUCAAUUCUUUAUCCCAACUGAUUUUAUAGUCAUGGACAUUAGGGAAGAUUCCAAUACACCCAUAAUUUUAGGAAGGCCAUUCUUAGCAACCGCCGGUGCCAUAAUAGAUGUGAAAAAAGGAAAGCUCACCUUUGAAGUAGGUGAAGAAAAAGUUGAAUUUAUCUUAACACAAUUCAUGAACGCAUCGGCCAUUGAAGAUAGUUGCUAUAUGUUAGACGUCGUCAAAGAAUGUGGAAAAGAGAUGGAGAAAGAUAAAACCAAAAAUUCUGAAAUUCUAAAAACUCUCAUCCCUCCGACUCAUAAAAAUGGUAAUGACGACCUAGCUAAAUGUUUAAAGAAAAGCUCUUGCUAUAGACUCGACAUAGUUGAAUCAAAGGUCGAUAACCCACCCUUUAAACGAGUACCUCCCGACAUACUAAAAGCCCACCCAGAAAGUAAUAUCUUCCAAAAUAAAACAUCUCUGUUUGCCUCCAAGAAAAAGAAAAGAAAAAGGAAAACACCUAUGAGAUGGUUUGACAUGUUCAAAUGGAGACCUAAGGAUAUUGGGCAUAAUUUUAAGAACGUGAGUUUGGAAGAGGCACCAUACUAA